AGGCGGAGGCGCAACAAGCUCCUUGGACGCCGAAAUAAGUACACUAUCUUGAUUUUCCCUUGGAAUUGGCGAAACUCAUUUAUGGUUUUAUAGCCCUGGACUAUAAGUUGAACAUACGUAGCGCAACAGAUAUGGUGAUGGCGUGGUCAUGUGUGCAGCCAGCGCUGUGUGUGUGGGGAUGGUUUUAACAGACGCUGUUCUGGAGGACUCAGGAACACUGCACUGGCCUGGAGAAGCCUCUUAAACAAAACACCUACACACCACACACACCUUGAACACAAGAUUUACACUUACACACUCCGCCAUCGUGCUGUGAGAAAGGACACAAACGCACGGACACUUAACACUAGCUUCACCUAGCAUACAAACACAUUUGCACAUUCUGUGUGUGUGUGUGUGUGCGUGUGUUUUUUAGCCUUUCUACGCGGAAAAACGUUUUUUCUCUCUCCUGUGUGAGAGUGUACAUCGCAUUUCUUCUGCUUGUCCCACCUCCACCGCAACAAUGCCAAGCUCCACCAUCCGCCGGCAGAUGAAGAACAUGGUGAACAACUACUCUGACGCAGAGAAGAAAGUCAGAGAGGCCACCUCCAACGACCCCUGGGGCCCGUCGUCUUCGCUCAUGUCCGAGAUUGCCGACCUCACUUACAACGUGGUGGCCUUUAGCGAGAUCAUGAGCAUGAUCUGGAAGCGGCUAAACGAUCACGGCAAGAACUGGCGCCACGUCUACAAGGCGCUCACCCUGCUCGACUACCUGAUCAAGACGGGCUCGGAGCGAGUGGCGCUGCAGUGCAAAGAGAACAUCUUCGCCAUCCAGACGCUGAAGGAUUUCCAGUACAUCGACAGGGACGGCAAAGACCAGGGCAUCAAUGUGAGGGAGAAGAGCAAGCAGCUAGUGGUGCUACUCAAAGACGAGGACCGCCUCAAAGGAGAGAGGUCUCAGGCUUUGAAGACCAAAGAGCGUAUGGCCCAGGUAUCCACAGGGAGCAGUCAGAUGGGAUUUGGUCGAGGCUCAUCUCAGCCCAACCUCUCCACUUCCUACAGCGAAGAGUACGGCCGGUCCGAGGGCUCACCUGCCUCUUACCACGGCUCCACGUCUCCCAAUGCUGGCUCAGAGCUGGAGCAGGCCAGACCUCAGACCAGUGGAGAGGAGGAACUACAGCUUCAGCUGGCUCUGGCCAUGAGCAGAGAGGCUGCAGAGCAGGAGGAGCGCAUACGCAGAGGAGACGACCUGAGACUACAGAUGGCCUUGGAGGAGAGUAAGAAAGAAGGUCCAGGCUCAGCAAAACUGGCCAAGAAGAAGAAAGAGCCACAGUCAUCUUUGAUGGAUCUGAUGGAUGUCCCAGAGCCUGGCGCCAGUGCUGACCCCUGGGGUGGCAGGGCUGGGGCCGGGGCCGGUGCUGGAGCUGGAGCUGGAGCUGGAGCUGGAGCUGGAGCUGGAGCUGGAGCUGGAGCUGGAUCAGCAGACCCUUGGCAGCCUUAUGGCUCUACCCCUAAACCAGCAGCCCCAGUGGACCCAUGGGGUGCUCCUCCUUCUGUUCCACCCAUGAAGAGCCAUGAUCCCUGGGCAUCAAACUCUACUCCUGCUUCUGACCCCUGGGGCUCUGCAGCCACUCGUCCCAAGGCUUCCAACACAGAUAGCUUUGAUCUCUUCAGUGCAUCGAACGGUACGUCCAAAGAGGACUUCUCAGAGUUUGACAGCCUGCGCUCCUCCUCCUCUGUCCCCACCGGUGAUGGGGGCGUAGCAUCAUCUGUUCCCUCCCAAGCCAGCCUUGCCAGCAGUAGCAGCCUGGACCUCUUCGACCCCCUUCCCACCUCUUUCAGCACCACAAACCCAACUAGAAAGACUCCAGAGUCCUUCCUGGGUCCCAAUGCUGCCCUGGUCAAUCUGGAUUCUCUGGUGACCAAACCAGCUCAGCCACCACCAGUCAUCAACCCAUUCUUGGCUUCAACAGGUGGAACUGCUGCAGCUCCAGCAGCCCAUGCCAACCCCUUCCAAGUGAGCCAGCCAGUUCCCCCGACCCUCAACCAGAUGCGUGUCAGCCCCAUGCCCGCUGGGUUCGGCACCAUAGCUGAACCCAUGGCCAUUUCUUCCCUGCCUGCUCAGCCCAUCGCCAUGGUCCCUCUGGCAGGAAUGGCCCCCAUGGGCCUCAUGAUGCCCGGAAUGGGGGCUGGCGCCGUGGGAGGGGUAGGUACUAGUGCGGGGAUAAGCGUUAGCAUCCCGGCCUCCAUGUCUAUGCCUCAGCCGCUCAUGAGCAUGCCCCCCCAGGCCGGGACCCAGCCCACCGGAACCACCAACCCCUUCCUUUUGUGAAAGGAUGACUUCCACCCAGAGUAACCCCUCCUCUCUCUCUCUUUCUCUCUUCCACUUUGGCUCCUUACGAAGCUUCAACAUGAACAAGGAGAUGUCUUAUCCCAUGUAUCCCUUUUAUAACCAACUCCCAGCCAGGUCGUAGUCAAAACCAGGCUUCCUCCUAUCUUAUCAGACUUCCGCUUCUCUCUAUUUCUCUCAGUGCUACAAGCUGCCUAGUCCUGUGUGUUCCAUACUGAUCUGACGAUGAUGUUGAUGACCACAAAGCAUUUGCAUCUGUCUACAGACUUACAGAGUAGCAGGGGUGUUUACAGUUUUUCCACAGAGGCAAGACCGGACCUAGUGUCUCCUCUACUGUCCUCCUCUCAUUCACUCGCCUCCUCUCCCUUAGGACUGCUCUUUUCCUCUUCUUCUGUGGUGGAGUGACAGGAGAGUCUGACUGUACUAACGCCAGGAUCUUAUCUCUUCAGUAGAGCUAAUCUUUUAUAAGCCCUGUCAGCUGAAAGUGUGUGUGUAUGUAUGUGCGUGUGUGUGUGUGUGUGCGCACAUCUUAGUACUUUUACACUGUGUAUAUUCCAGUGGGUUUUAAUUCACACACUGGAGUAUGGAUGAGAGAGACAGUCAGAUGUGUUUAUACUCUGUGUGUAUGUAUGUGUAUGUGCGUGUGUGCGUGUUACUAAGCAGGGAUUUUGCACAAUUUUUUGCUUUUUUAAAAUUUUUCUUUCUGCCACUGUUGGGCUCACCGUUACACCUUAGCUUAGGGAGAGAGGCUAGCCGCUAAACAAAUAGAGGACGAGACGACCCACACUGCCUCGGCUCUCGGUACCACUCGGUCACAACUCUCAUCUGGUCACUUCAGUUCACCGCAGAACUUUCCCCAACCCUUCCACAAGAACUUUGACCCUACGGGGUCACGGGAUUUACACUGAACGCUUAUCAAAGGAGAUGAUGAAUCCCUUGUCCUUAAGGGGUUGAAAAAGAUGAGUUAACGCAAUUUUUGUUGAGUGUGUGUGCUUGCAGGCGUACUGUUAAUGCUCAGAUACUAACAGCCACAUGUCAAUGUUUGUGUCACUGAGUCUCCCCCGGUGUGUGUUUUAGAGAAGACAUGAACUGCGAUGGCAUCAGUAUUUUGCCAUCUGAAUUCAAGGAGCGGCAUCGUGGGAAAUAUCUUUUUUUUGGUUUUGUUUUUAGGGUCAAAGGGAAGAGGGAGGUGUGUGUGUGUGUGUGCGUGUGCGUGCGUGCGCAGUUUGCAUGAGAGAUAUGCUUAGCUUCCAAGUGUACUUUAAUGAGCAAGUUUUUCCAUUUCUCAUUUAGUUAAGUUGAAGAGAGAGCUGUUUUCAAGUAAGAUCCUUAAGUCGAAACAAGUGGUAAUGUAGACAUCUGCAGCCUUAAGUGUGCCCGUGUGUGCGCGCAACCACAUAUCAACGACUGUUCCUAUAGCGACAGCGUUGCCAAGAAAGCUCCAGGUUUAAAGGGCACGUCAGCCACUCAGCAUCGUGAAGCGAGUUAUACCUCCGAGUGGAUUUACUGUGGCUAAUCUAUCUACAAGAACUUUAUCUGGUGGACACACACACACACACACACACACACACACACACACACACACACACACACACACACACACACACACACACACACACACUCUCACUAACGGUGGUUGUUCCUGUACUGGUCUAUUGAUAGCCCAGGGAAUCCCACAGCAAGAAAGCGAGACAGGUCAUGUAAACAAGCAGUUGUUAAUUUUGUUGGUUACUUUUUGUUGUUAUUUACUCGUUAGAUGUAAAUCCAUAGCUAAGCCUUUCUGAGUUUUGGAGCUGUGUACUAGCUUAAGCCAUGUAUCAUCUUCAUUCUCUUUUGUCUAUUUUCUGUCAUUCUAGUUUUUUCACCCUAUGGGUAGGCUAUGUAAUUCUCUUCUCUUAGAAGCACAACUGUUACCAAAGUCAUAGCGACUGUGAUUUCUGAGGAUGUAAUACUUUUGAGUAGAUGAACAGUAGGGUCACACUUCACUGACAUUUUUUUUUCUUUUCAGUUUAUGGAUGCUCAUGAUAUCAGACUCCCAUUGUUGUUGUUUUUUUUAAUAUUUCAGAGCUAUUUUACCGUUUGUUCAAAAGUUUGUGUAAGAAAGUGUUACUGUUGGCUAAAUAUCGGCA